AUGUCAAUAAAAUUAAGAGAGUUAAUUCGAAAUAUAAGAAGUUGUAAAACUGCUGCUGAAGAAAGAUCAGUUGUUGCUAAAGAAUGUGCAUUAAUUAGAACUGCUUUUAAAGAGGAAGAUAAUAUUUAUAGGCAUAGAAAUGUUGCUAAACUAUUAUUUAUAAAUAUGCUAGGUUAUCCCACUCAUUUUGGGCAAAUAGAAUGUUUAAAAUUAAUUGCAUCAAAUAAAUUUUCUUAUAAAAGAAUUGGAUAUUUGGGAUUAACUAUACUUCUAGAUGAAAAUACUGAUAUUUUAAUGCUAGUAACAAAUUCCAUUAAGAAUGAUCUGAGAAAUAGUAAUCAGUAUAUUAAUGGAAUAGCCUUAUGUGCUUUAGGAAAUAUUGCAAAUAGUGAAAUGUGUUCUUCCUUAAGUCAUGAAAUCCUUGAUAUGAUAAAUAUUAAUAACCCCUACAUAAAAAAGAAAGCAACCAUGUGCGCCAUUCGUAUAUUAAAAAAAACAAAUGAUAUAGAAGAUUUAUUUUUAGAUAAAAUCAGUAAUUUGCUAGAUGAUAGGAAUCAUGGUGUUUUGAGUGCAGGAAUCAGUUUAAUGAUUUCAUUAAUAGAAAAAAAACCUCAAUACAAAAACGUUUUAAAAAUUCAUACAAAUAAAAUUGUAAAGAUUUUGAAAAGUUGUGUUAUGUCGGGAUAUUCUCAUGGAGCAGAAUAUGAUAUAUACGGUAUUAAUGAUCCUUUUUUACAAGUUAAAAUAUUAAAAUUAUUAAAAUACUUAAACUCAGAUGAUAAUAUUAAUGAAAAUGAGUCUACAACAAAAUAUUUUAACUUAAAAAUAGAAGAAACGGGAAACCAUUGUAACAAUGUAUUUAGUGAAAAUGAAACAAAUAAGCAUACAUCUAAUAAAAAUUUAUCAAAAGAAAAUAAUUUAUAUUCAAAAAAUGAUAUUAGUGUUAAUCAAAACAACUCAUAUGAUAUGGAAGAGGUAAAUUCUAUAUUGGCUCAAGUAGCUACAAAUACAGAUUCUUUGAAAAAUGUAGGAAAUGCAAUUUUAUAUGAAUGUGUUAAAACAAUCACAUAUAUAUCUACAGAUCCUGGUUUACUAGUAUUAGCUGUAAAUGUUUUGGGAAAAUUUUUACAGAACAAUGAUAAUAAUAUUAGAUAUGUUGGUUUAUGCACUUUACAGAAAUUAUUAAAAAAAGAUCCUAAAACAUUGCAUAUAUAUAGAAAUACUAUUAUAGAGUGUUUAAAAGACCAGGAUAUAAGUAUAAGAAAGAAAGCAUUAGAUGUUGCAUUUGCUCUUAUUACAAAAGAAUCUUUAAAAACUAUGGUAAAAGAGUUGUUAAAUUAUUUAUUAGUUGCUGAUAUGGAAAUUAAAGGUGAUAUUGUUUCUAAUAUUUGUGUUUCUGUCAAUAAAUAUGCACCAAAUAUUCAGUAUUUAUUAGAUACAUAUAUAAAAUUAUUUUGUUUAGCUGGAAAUUUUAUACAAGAUCAUAUUAAAGAUGAUUUCAUUUAUUAUCUUUUACAAAACCCAGAAUUUCAUUCAUAUGUUGUCUUUAAGCUUUUUUUUUCUAUUAGAGAAAAUUUAGAUCAGUAUGCACUGAUACAAGUAGGUAUUUGGUGUAUUGGAGAAUUUGGUGAUUUAUUAAUUCAAGAAAAAAAUGUAGGACCAGAUCAAGAGAUAAUAACUGUUACUUAUGAUGAUGUUUUUGAUUUAUUAGAAAAAAUAGUUAAAACAUAUGAAGGGAAUAGCAUUAAAGAGCUACAUAGCAUAAAUGUAAAAGAUCCUAUUCAUAAUAUUAUAUAUAAUAAAUCUCUAAAUAUUUUAGAAGACACUCCUAAUAAUGGUAAUUCGAAUGUAUGCUGUAAUAUAAAUGAAAAUAUAAAUAAUGAUGAUAAUAACAUUAUUAUGCAAUAUAUUUUGAUGUGUCUAAAUAAAUUAACAGUAAGAUUUCCUUCUCAAAGAAAAAAAAUAGAAAAAAUAAUUCAAAAAUAUAAAAAAAAUAGAUCUAUAGAGAUACAACAAAGAGCAUGCGAAUUCCACGAAUUUAUGAAUCCUCAGUGGGAUGAUAUCAGAGACUAUGUUUUAUUACGUAUACCUUGUAAUAAAAAAAUAAAUAAAAAAAAAGAAUUACAAGUAGAUGAAGAAAAUAUAUGCAAUGAUAAAAUUAUUGAUAUUUCUAAUAAAACAAACACGGAAAACUAUACAAUUAAUGAUAAUUCAAAUAAUGCAUGCGUAGAUUUAUUAGAUCUUGAUGAUGUGCUAGGUUUACAAAAUUCAGACAAUAAACAUAAUGAUAAUUUCACCAAUAAAGAUAACUUGGAUAUAAAUAAUACUUUUAUUAAAAAUAUUAACCAUAUUAUAAAUGAAGAUUCUAAGAAAAAAGAAGAUUUUAAUAUUAUCAAUGAUUUUAGUUUAAAUGAUAAUUCUAACAUAAAUGAAUCUGUAACAAAUAGAGAAACAAUUGUUGACAAUUUUUCAAAUACUAGUACGAAAAAUGAAAAUGAUUUAGAAAUUGCAAGUAAAAAGAAUGAAGAUAUUUUGGCAGAUCUUUUUGGAAAUAUUUCGAUUGAUCAACCAAAAAAUAAUUUACAAAAUUGUGCAAAUGGAAAUGGAUAUGAUUCUUUGAAUUUAUUUUUGGAAGAUAUACAAGCAGAUAAGCAAAAUGAUAUUUUAAAUUUAAAUAUAAUAGAUGAUAAAAUAGAACAGAAAGUUCAAAUAAAUCCAAUGAAAAUAUAUGAAAAAAAUGAUAUUGAAAUUAUAUUUAAUUUUGAAAAGGAAAAUUUAGAUUCAGAAAUAACUAUUAUUAAAGCUACAUAUUCAAAUAAAUCAAAUGAAUUAAUAAGUUCAUUUGUUUUUGAGGCUGUAGUCCCUAAUUAUAUAAAAUUAGAAAUAUUUCCAGCAUCAUCCAGUGAAUUAUUACCUUUUGAAAAAACAAAAAUUACUCAAGAUCUAAAAAUUGUUAAUAAAUUAUUUAAGAAAAAACCUGUUCUUAUGAAAGUUAGGUUAUCUUAUUUUAAAAAUAACGAAAGGUUUCAAGAUUUUAUAAAUAUAGGAAAUUUUCCUGAUACUUUAUAA